AGAUACCGGUAUUUGUUUCAUUUGUUAAAAGUUGAUCAAGUGGUGCGUGCGUUAUGCUACGUGCACUAUUGGCAUAGUUGUUCGAUUUUGAAUUUACCGUGAGCCGACAGCACCAGAAGAGUUUGCUUGCAUGCCUACGCGACAGCGAUUGAGAGAAGAAAUUUUCCAGAUCUCAGCAAAGUUACGAUAUCAGUAUUUAAUGUAUUAUUAAGUCUAACAUUACCUCAAUAUUUAUGUGAAAAACCUGAUGAAAUGGACUAAAGUUGGUGUUCGUAAAAUAUUGCCGCAUGCAAUGGAAGCAAGUAAAGACAAAAAUCAAUCAGUAACAAUUGCUGUAGUUUUACUCGACAAUUCAGAAGUCGAGUUUCAGGUAAACAAGCGAGAUCGUGGCCAAGUAUUACUAGAUGCUGUGUUUGAAAAUGUUCGAUGUAAGGAACCGAAGUUUUACGGCCUUCAAUUUCCACAACAUGUUCCAGACGCAAUGAAAUGGCUCGAUCCGGCUAAAUCAAUCCGAAAGCAAUUCAAACGCGGAUAUCCACUCCUUCUUUAUUAUCGAAUAAAAUAUUAUAUUUUUGACAUAAAUCGACUAAAAGAUGCAUCAACAAGAUAUCAACUAUUUUUACAAGUGAGGCUCGAAAUUUUGGAACAAAGAUUAGCUUGUUCUCCUAACACUGCUGCCCUCCUUGCGUCUUAUGCUGUUCAAUCUGAAAUUGGCGAUUACCGUUCUGAUCAACACCAAGGGGAAUAUCUCAGUAAGUUUAAGUUUAUCGCUAACCAAACUGCGGAGUUUGAGCAGGAGGUUCAAAAGCUUCACAGACGAAAUAAAGGAUUAAGCCCUGUACAGGCGGAAUUACUAUUUUUACAGGAAGCAAAAAGGUUGAAUAGAUAUGGUGUCGAUAUACAUCGUGCUAAAGAUCUUGACGGAAGCGAUCUUGAAAUCGGAGUUGCUACUGAUGGAGUAGGCCUAUUCAAAAACGGAGAAUUGUGCAAUAAAUAUGAAUGGUCAAAAAUCGUUAAAAUUUCAUUCAAACGGAAACAGUUUUAUAUUCAACUCCAAAAAGAUAAAAUCAAAGAGGAGGUGGUGGCAAUGAUUGAAUUUACAAUGGACAAUUACAGAUCUUGUAAACGGUUGUGGAAAAAUUGUGUCGAUUGUCAUUCGUUUUAUCGUCAAGAAAGAGAAAAAAUGAUAGGAAUGUACAGAAAGCAAGGUAAUAAUGUUCAAGGCAAACCAGAGAAACCAGUUUUCGGUGGCUUUUUUGCAAUGGGUGGUAAAUCGAAAUCAAGAUAUGAUAAUGCAGAAAGGGAUGUAUUGAAAUUUCGAGGCCCACAGAAAAGCCUGUCUUCAAAAAUGCUAACAACGAGUAAUCUCAUCUCUAAUAAGAGUAACGAUUUUCCUGAUCAGGAAACAAAGGAGUCCAGGCGAUUAAGUGCACCACCGUCUGUAACUCUCGCCGUUAACUUGGACAAAGAAAUUUAUUCCAACAACAUUAGUGAUCAUGAUUUAACAGCAACUAGUUUCAUGAGCGACAAAGUGUACUUGAAUGGGAAUGAUUUAUCCCAACCAUCUCUUAAUUCUGUGGCAAGUGAACCAUUGGAAUCGUAUCCAGAUUGUCCGUUUCAAACGUCACAGCCUGAAGUUCCACCUAAAGUUCCAGAGCCAUAUGUUUUACCUGAUAAUAUUUUACUUGUACGGUUGAAGCCUGAUAAUCACGGAAGAUUUGGUUUUAAUAUAAAGGGUGGAAGUGAUCAGAACAUGCCAAUCACAGUGUCUAAAAUUGCUCCUAAUUCUCCUGCGGACAUCUGUGAUCCACGUCUCAAUAUUGGAGAUGAAAUUCUACAAAUAAAUGGCAGAGACGCAAAUACACUCACUCAUGAUCAGGUCGUUAAUUUUAUACGUGCUACUAGAGAACAAUUUGCUGGAGAGUUGGUGCUAUUAACUAGACCUUUUGUUGUUACUACCUACGAAGAUGAGGAUGAUGAAAUGGAGGUUCCAAAAAUUGAAAACGGGCCUUUACUCGCAGAAGACGAAAUUAGUGUAAAUAGUCUUGAAUACUCUAUGUCGGUGCUCAAUAAUCAAUUGGAAAACGGCCGUGACAUGGCUGCUUUCGACAGAUUAUAUCGGAAAAAGCCGGGUCUGUUGAUGAAAGAUGCAAAACUACCCCACAAUGUACCUAAGAAUCGGUAUAGAGACAUUUCACCUUAUGAUGAUACUAGAGUGAUACUUAGCAAUUGGGAAACGGACUAUAUUAAUGGCAAUCAUAUAUUAAUGGAAAUCCCAAACGCGGGUAUUGCAAAUCAUUAUAUUGCUUGUCAAGGUCCCCUUCAAAACACUAGUGGUGAUUUUUGGGCCAUGGUUUGGGAACAGAAGGCAACAUUAAUUGUAAUGGUAACUACUACAAUUGAAAGAGGCAUGAUUAAAUGUUUUCAAUACUGGCCUAAUCCUGACUGUACUAUACAGUUUGCAAACAUUGCCGUAACAUCAAAAUCGGAAACAGCUUCAUCUUGUUUCAUUUUCCGAGAGUUCGAAAUCGGGGCAAUAAACUCUGACGGAGAUAUUGUUGAUAAAAGGGACGUAUCUCACAUUCAAUAUGUUGCUUGGCCUGAUCACGGUGUCCCCGAUGAUUCUAGCGACUUUCUUGAGUUCAUUCUUUGUGUUAGGCAGAAACGAGUGGCCAUGACCGUUCCAACGAUAGUUCACUGUAGUGCGGGCAUAGGAAGAACGGGGGUCAUGAUUGCUGUCGAAACAGCGAUGUGUUUAAUCGAGGCUAAUCAGCCUGUAUUUCCUUUACAAAUCACGCAAAAUAUGCGAGACCAGCGAGCUAUGAUGAUUCAAACUGCUCUUCAGUUUAGGUUUGUGUGUGAGGCUAUUUUACGUGUCUACAGAGAAGGAAUUGCUCAGCCUAUGGUUGGUGAUACUGAUAACGGCAAUGAAGCAGAAGAAUUGACGUAAAACUUAAUGUGGGAGUUACCACUGAGUCAAAAACUUAAUAAUCAUAAUCAUUCAGAAAAUUCGCAAUGCGUCACAUUGUUUCUUAUUAGGAAAUUGUACCUUAUCAUUGACGGGUAUGUUGUCGGUUCAUGUUGUAAGCACUUAUAUCACUUCUAUUUAGUAAAAACUUUGUGUCUCUAUUCUCAUAUUAUGGUAAACAUAGCACUGUCAAUCACAACCUGGUUUUUAAAGCAAAAAUAGGUGUCAACUUAGGAGAAAAAUAUCAUGGAGAAGUCUCGUUAUAUUUGUACAUCUUUUUUGUGAAUAUUUCCCAAAUCUAGAAAUGGCCAAAUUUAAAAAAACUUGUGGUGUUCAAAAAUUACUGGUCCUUCCUAACUUCUAAAAUUGAGCAAAUCAUAAUGUAUGCCAAAUUUUGCUUUGUAAAACAUGAUAUCCUGAUUUGCUGCAUAAAAUAAAAAAGUGAUUUUUUUUGAGAACCAAAUUUGACGUUCUUCUCCAUUUUUUUUUUGGUCUUACUGCUCCAUGACAUGGUGCAAUUUUAUUGUAAAACAAUUUCGCUUGGUGAAUUCAAUCAUCCAAUUCCAUUUUGUCAAUAUUUGUAAUUCAAUAAAUCUCAAUGUGUAUUUAUCAUUAAUUAACACGAUCAGCACUUCUCUGGCCUAUAUUAUCUCUCUAAAAAAUUAAUUUGGGGCCCUACACGCCCUGGUUAAAAGCUGUUAAUUGAUACUCAGUUCUCAAUAUUGGCCCUUUUAAUUUUGGUGUUCCCGUUUUCACAAGCUUUCCUGUUAAAACUGUUUUUGGGAACACUGAUAUACUAGAAAAUAUGCUGGAGUUUAUAAGCAUAUUUGCGAUUUGAUCUCUUGAACUUUCAUAGCAGUUUAUAUUAGAUUCCGGAAUUCUGGUCAAAGUGAUAUUAAUAUUGUACAAUUAGAAUCGAACCUGAUAUCAUGUUUUUCAAUGGGCAUGUUACAUAUUAUCCUGAUUUAUCGCAUCGAGAAUUAGCAACAGAAUUUCGCUUGGAAUUGAUUCAAUUGACCAAAAUCAAUUUUGAGACUUCAGAAAUUAAAAAACUUUUUUAUUUUUUAUUUGUUGUUUAUGCAUUGGAUGAAAAUUGAUAGGCCUAUCAAAUUCAUGUAAUAAUAUUCACUGAUGAUUCAGCUAAAAUAUAAAUUGAUUCAGAAUAUUCGAAAUCAAAACUCAUACCGAGACUUAGUUCCAUUCAAAAGAACUGAAACAAAAGCAAAUUCACGAUUUUAUUCUGAACAGAAUUUUUUUCAAAUAUUUUUUUUUUCUGUAUUGAACUUCCUUUGCCUCAUUUUGUCUGUAAUUGUAACACUGAAUUAACGAUUUUCGUAUCCUAAUAUUCAAUUGCACAAAUUUCGCAAUAUUUUCGGAUUGAAAUAACCCGUAUGAUUGUAACAUUUAUAUCUACCAAAUUCAGUUCUAGAAGAUGAAAUAGGACGGCACCAAUAAUGAAACUAGUUUUUAUUUCAUUUAUACAAAUAUACAUUUAAUCAUGACGAUAAUGGACAAACAUAUUAGUAGGCAAAUAUAUCCCCAGCCAUGAAAGUUCCUUGCGUGGUAUUGGUAUGUCGCGGAGUUGAACUAGGCUUUGACAGUCUGCGCCUACAAUGACAAAUACCCCUUGUUUCAAUUGUUUUCAAUUUUUUUUACAAAUGUUGGACUUUUUUCUUUGUUAUAUUUCUAAUAAAAACUUGUAAUAUCCAUGGCAAUCUUAAUUAAUAUGAAGUAAUUAAUACCGUAAUCAUGUGUUGUAUUAAUAUUAUUUUUGUGUUGCGUUUUUUAUUGUUGACAUGAAUAGUGAGCUAUACAUGCAUGCAGUCAAAUUUUACUUAGGGUAGAAUUACUAGAAAUUUUAUCUUAUUUUACAGAUUAUUGUCGCUACUAUGUGUAUAUGUGUUUUUCGUAUAAUGUAUGUACCAUUCUUAUUUCAACCACAUCCCUUGGUUACUGAAAAUCUAAUUUCUCUAUGGAGGCCCUUGGAUUGAAAUAGAUUGCAUUUCUGAAACUAUAACUCUUGCUUGGAUAGGAAUUGUGUUUUGAAUAUUCUGAAGGAUUUUCAAUGAAAUCUUUAUCUAUGCUGAAUGUUAUUAUGUUAAAUUUGGUACAGAAUCACUAAUUCUCUGCAUAGGCGAUCCUAAAUUUUUUGGUUAUAGUUUAAAUUUUAUGGGUGGUUGGAUUCCAUGUAUUGGUUUCAAUGUUCAAUCUUCUAUGCCAAGUUCGUCACAAAUAUUCCACCAAUAUUUAUUAAGAUCUGAUGACUAUUGUGCUCAUUAGAUGUACUAUAAAAACUCUCUGCAUAUCCUAUAACAGUAGAUUGAUUAUAAUGACAGUAGGUUUUCUCAUUGUAGGUCAUUUUCGUCUGUAUUGUUCAAUUCAAAGAAAGUUCCAGCUUUUCUCAUUUCUCAUCGAUAUCAGGAAUAUCCAACCCAAAUGGAAUAAUAAAAAUUUCGAAAUUGAUAUAAAAAGCUUAUUCUUAAUUUUAUGGAUUUCUUGAAAUCCUCAUCAGAUGAAUUGUCAUUUUGGUUCACCAAUAAUUAUUACAGCAAUAUUUCAUUUGUAGUUAUCUUUGCUCGGAUUGAUUCAUUAUGAAUACGUUUGAUUGAAUGAAAUAGAAAUUUACAUGAUGACAAAUCAAUAUUGGGAUGAAAUCCUUUUCUGGCUCAUUGCAUCUAACAUUUUCUUCGUUCAUUUCCAUCAAAUAUUUUCGGCUUAAAUGAAAUCGUUAUUCUUGCAUUACUUAAUUAAGGUUUCCUUUCUCCUAAUAUGUUUUUUCAUACCAGUUUUGUAGGCUUCAUUUCUGUGAAAUAAAUAUAUACCGUUAUAUAUUUUUUUGAUCUUUUAAAAAUUGGAUAUUUAUUUUCAUUUUGUUGCUUGUAUAUCCAAAAAAUUAUGGUUUAUAUAACUUGUUACAUGCAGCGUGUAUCAAAAAUGGUGACCAUCAUAAUAUAGUAUAGAACCUAGUAUUUAUUACAAUACAAUGAAUCAAAAGAUUGGCCGAUGCUUAUGAGUAUUAUCUCUUUAUGAUAGCGUUACUCAAUUUCCUGAAUGUAUUGCCAAGGCAAAUUGAAGUAUUUGAAUGUUGCAUAAUAAAAUAACAUAUGAAAAUGCUCAUCUUAGGAUGGUAUAUAAUCACUGAUAAAUUUUCAAGUUGUGCUAUAUGAAAUAUUAGUUGUAAGAUUCCCUGGGAACAAAAUUACUGUUUUUUCCAGUGUAAAUUUGACGAUACGCUACAAAAUGAUGAUAAAUUGUUCAAUUUUAUAUUGCAUAUUUGCUGAAACUGCUGCAUAUAGUGUGCACACAAUAUAUAUAUUGAAAUUUGGGUAGGAUAAGAAUGUAAAACUGCAAAUCAAUUUAUGGUGUUCAAUUUCAGUCUUCAUUUUUUUGGUCAUUUUGAGAAAUAUGAACUUGUAUUCAUGAACUUGCGAAUCAAAUAUUCAAUUAUAUCAAAAAUUUAUUAUAUUUUAAGUGGUGAGCUCUAGGAAUUAUUUGGAAUAUUUUCACUUGGUUUACGGAAACCAGACCUCUUUUUUAGAAAGAAAUGCAAGUCACAUCAUAAAUAAAAUUUGAUCGUUCGUUUACUACCUAGUGUGAUAUUAAUAUUAAAUUCUGUUAUGUUAUCUUUUGUGCAGUAAAUGAUUGUAUAAUUUAUCAUUCUUAUAAAUAUAUUUCUGUAUUUUCUUUUAAAACGUCAAUAUUAUUGUUUAAUCAUUUGUCUGAUGUAUAUAUCUAUAUAUAUAUUUAUCACAUCCGUUGGUAUUGAUAAUAAGGACACAUUCAUAUGAGCAAAAUCUUUUUUCAAUCAACCUUUUGUUACAAGGCUUAUUUUCAAGCCUUUUUUAAUUAAUUGUGGCAUACAUUGAUAUUGUGCGUUGAGUAUGUCGGGAAAAUUCUGUGUAUUUACAAAUUCAUUAGAGUUGUUACUUAUUAGUGUAUUGGGAAACUGGUUUAGUGGUAUUGAAAUGAAAACAACUCAAGUAGAUAUCCAUUGCCAGACAUAGCCCUUUUUUAUAAAGCAGAUUUUUUUUAAUUCUGAUUUGUCAUUGGUUACUUGCAACCUGCUUAUUAUAUUAUUAAUUCAGUAACCAACAAUUUUUCUAUUUCUCAAAUUGGAAGCCCUUCUCGUAAAGCUGGAUUGUUUUGUCAUUAGUAGGGUUGUCCAUGUAAUUUGGUUUAAACAUCAUUUUGUAUCAAUACCUUUUGGUAAAGAAGCUUAGGAAUUUAGACAAUAUUACUUGCUGGUGUAUCUGUUUUUCACAGUAAAAUUUCGCAUACAUUAGGAUUUAUAAUACCCAGAAUGUUGAGUCCAGAGUCCAGAAAAAGUCAUUCAUUGAGAUAUGGACAUCUCUAGUUAUUGCCCCCUUUGAAAAUUGAUUAUUUGUCUUCAUUCACUUUCAAAACCAUUUGUCUGAGCAUUGAGAUGCUUAACUAUUAUUGACAUUUUUCCAUUAUAAUAUAUUUAUACCUAUAUGUAACAGAUGCAGCAAAUGAGAUGCAAAUACUCCCAAUUUCCUGUAUUGUAAUAUUUGUAUUAUCUUUGUACCGGUAAUUAACAAGUAACCACGAUUGGAUUUAAAAUUGCAUUGAAUACAUACUCUGAAAUAUGAACGCUAAUUCAUGUUAUUGAUAGUGUUUUAAAAUUUGAAAAGAUUUGUUGAAUAUAGAAAGUUAUUUUUGAGCAGGAGAGUUACAUAAUCAAAUUGUUUGGGACUUACGACUAAACAAACCACCUGUUUUAAUUAAUAAGUAUAAUGAAAAUUCUACAUCCAAAUUCAGACCUAUAUGGAUGUCAACAUCAUAGGCCGUUUUUCAUAUAACGAUUGGAAAUAUUCAUAUUUGAAUAUUUUCACCUGAACGUAAAAUGGAAUUGUAUCUUCAAAUUGUGCCCUCGUUACCGGUCAUGACAUCAGUAUCAGUAGCUGGUUCUUAUUCAGUUUUGUUAAAAUGCUGUUCAUAUUUUUUAGUUGUUUUUAAUCAUUAUCAUAUUGAUUCAUUUAUCGCACUGCUUUAUCAAAUGUUUGCCACAGAUGAAAAAGAUUGUAAUUUUUUGUUUCAUUGUUUAUUAUUUUAUUUUCAAGAGUGUAGUUAAAUGAUGCUUAUGUAUUGGUCGCUUUGUUGUCAUUUGACUUGCACACACACACACUAUAAAAUAUUCUUUUUUAUGUGUUUGUUGAAUAUUUCAAUGCAG